AUGACUUGGGCACCAACAACUUCUUAUUUAAAAGGAGCGGUAAUCAAACCAUUUGUGCCGAGGAAGAAAUUGGAUCAACAACAAAAUCAAUCAUUGAAAAACCUUUAUCCUGGGGAUCAAGUCUAUAUUUUUGAAACUAAAGAUUCAAAAUGGGGUAGAGGAUACUUAGUUCCACCAACUAUUAAAAAUGAUAUGGAAAUAUUGUCUAUUGGAUUGAAUAAUAUAGAUGAAUCUCCUGUAGUUUUCCCAUUGAAAUAUGUUACUAUUGUGGAUAAAAUUGGUAUAAUUAAAAAUGGCCCCGAUGCAAUAGUAGAUAAACGAUUAGAUAAACCAAAUCGUCCCAAAUUCCCAUCCAUUGAGAAUCGACAAUUAACAAUUAAAGGACAAAUAAGAUAUGCAAUUAAUGAACUUAAUGGACUUAUAUUUAUUUCAUUUGCUUGUGGUGAAUUAAAAGUUUAUCGAAAACUUAUAGAAUUAUUCAACAAAUUAUUUGAUUAUUUUAUGAAAGAAUGUCAUAAUUUAUCAGCAGAGUUGGAAUCUCCCGAAUUAAAAGAAACUAUAACUUCAUUACUAAAUAAAAUUCCUAAAAUAUUAUCAAAUAAAGAAUUGAGAGUACGUAAAGGUGAUGUACUUUGGCAUGUGAUAGCUUCAAGAUAUCAAUAUACUUUAUCUAGAGAUAAAUCAACUGGAGAAUUACUAAAUUUAAAUAAUUCAAUGCCAUCAGUAAUUGCAUGUUCAGAAGAAGAAUUGGCAUUAACAGAAAAGAAAUUACCAGAUACUUUGAAAAAAGAAGGAUUAAGUUCUACCACUACUGAUUUUAAAGAAUAUAAGAAUAAUCAUAUUCUAGUGGACUUGAAAAAGAUUAUUGGAGAUGUAUCUUCUGUAUCAAGUGGUUUACAUUGUCUUUAUCUUCAGAUUUAUUUAAGAAAUGUAACAAGAAGGUUAACAGAAACAUUUGUUGUAAAAGUAAGAACAAUGGAAGAACUACAAAAGGCACAGAAUAUAAGUUCAGCAUUGUUUAGAAAUUUACCAGAUGAUUAUUUAAAUGAAAAUGUAUACAUGGUAGUUGUUGUAUCUGAAGAAGUUAGCCUAUUAAGAAGGAAAACAUUCUCCAAUUUAAAAUAUGUGAAAAAGGGUAUUUCUGCAGGUAUUGCUGAUAUUUCACAAGUAUUUUCCAAGAAUCAACCUAAUUCUUGCUUUGAUGUUGCCAUUCAUUUAUUUGGAGCUCCCUUUGGUGUUAAAAAACCUUCCAAGAAUCCAUUCAAUUGGGGUAUAUUAGUUGAUCAAUUGAUCUCAGGAGAUGUAACUGGUAUUGCCGUUAAUUCAACCGUAAGAAAAAUCGAUGCUACCAUAAAACUUAUCCAUCAUGAACCAUUUGGUCUUUCAACUAAAACUAAAUACUCAAAGCAUCAUUCCAAAUUGGCCAUUUCUAUGACAAAACCAAUGUUUUAUGAUCCAUUUACUGAUAAUAAUGAAAGAUUAUACAUUUCUUUAGGUCAAAUCCUGUUGAAAAAAAAGAAAGACUCACGUGACUUGUAUUCAUUUGAAAUUAGUGCACCAAAUAAUGAAUCAAUUAAAUUUUCUCAAGGAACAACACAAAGAGAGAAAAGGAUAUGGCAAUUUAUUGCUGUUACAGGGAAUGAAAGUGUUGGAGAAACAGUUAGAAUAGAUAAUAUUUCAUUAAGAAAUAAAGAUAAAAAAUUGCCCAUUGAUGAUUAUUUACAAUUGACUGUAUAUAUUAAUGGAAUAUUAGCAGGUCAAGGUAAUUUACAUUAUAAAUCUGGUAGUAAAUUGGUGGAAUAUAGAAAGAAACCUCAUCAUGUUGAAAUAAUAUCCACAUCAAAGGGACAUCCAAUUGCUGAAAUUGAAGUUUCUACUGUUUAUGUGGGGAAAUUAUACAAUUCGGAAGUUACCAUUGAUAAUAUAUUAGAAUAUGAAUCACUUUAUAGAAGUGGUACUGCUGGAGUAGAUGGACUUUCAGAUUCUUUGGUGUCAUUUAAAAAUUUGAAAAAGAAACAUCUAAUUAAACAUUUUCCAGAAUUACUAACUUCAUUAUUUGGAAUUGUUAUAAUAUCUGGUUCACCAAAUGAUUCGGAGAUAUUAUUGGAAUUACAAGACAAUACAUUCAAGGCUAUUGUGUUUUUAUUGAAUAAUGUAUUUGGAAGUCCUCAUCAAAAUGGACAUUUUUUAAAAUGUUUUCAAGAUGUAUUUGUUAAUCAACCUAGAAUUGCAGUAUUCUUGUGGAAUAAAAUAAGUGAUAUAUAUUCUCGCGGUGAAACUAUAUGGGAUUCUUAUUCAAAGUCUGUAUCUAAUGUUCAAGAUAUCUUGAUUAGAUUUGCCACGAAAUCAAUUCAAGGAAGUUGGGAAUUUGAAGAGUAUAAUGAGUCAGUAUUACAAUCUUACAAAGCGAUGGCACAUUUUUUAUCAAUAAAAUCAUCUUUGUUGAUUGAAGAUCAAGUGAAAUUGUUAAAUAUUGUUGAUUUUAUACUUACCCAUAGUAUGUAUUUUGAUAAGCGAGUGGUUCUUAAUUGGUACGAAACAUUUAUUGAUGCAGUUAGAUUACGAACAUUUGGUGAUCUUGAAAAAUUAAUGGAAAAACAGGAGGAAGAUAUCCAAAUUGCAAAAUUGACAUUGAUACUUCGAAUUCUAAGUACUGAUUUGGCUAGAGAUAAAGAUACAAGAGGUACUGUUCUUUUAAAAUCUGUUGAAUGGGCUAGUGAAGUUUUCCAAAAUGUGAUUCAUGUUGAUAGUUGUCGACUUGCUUGCAGUAUUUUAAACAUGUGUUGUAUUAUCAUUUUUGAAUUAUUAAUUGAAGGCGAAUCAGAUAUUAUAGAAGUUUGUCUUUUUCUAUUCAAACUUUUACCUGGUUUAUCAAAAUCUUUUCUAAAAUAUAGUCAUGAUUAUCAACCAACAAAAAGAAAGACAUUUACUCAAUUAUUCCCAACAACUUACCCCUUUGAAGAAUUCCCCAUUGAUAAUUUCCAUAAUGGGGAUUGUUUUUCAGAAGCGUUAAUUGAAAUUGCUAUUGUUUUGGGCUUCAUUGCAAGAAUUGAUAAAGAAGUUGCUGUUGAAAGUAACUCACAUACUGUGCAUCUAGCGGAGUUAUUCUCUCGUGAUGAUAUGUACACUAUAAUUGUUGCUAUUAAUGAAAUCCUCAGAUGUGAAUAUUUUGAACGUUCAAGAUGGUUAUCUUUAGAAGCAACUCUUGCUGAAAAUUGUCUUUGUGUGUUGGAAUUGUUGUCUCCGGUUAUAUUUCAGAAAUAUAUCACUGAUUCUACAUUGGAUGUUCAUCUUUGUGGUGAGUUUAUUAGUGCGUUGUUAAAAUUAGGAGUGUUGGAUACUGUUGCACUGGAAAGAUUACCUGUUAUGGCAAAAGCAGCAUGUUUAUCUAUUACGUCUUCUAUUGGUGAAAGAGUUGAAUUGUUGAUUGAUAAAAUAUGGGGGCAUCUUGGGUAUGAUGCCAAUAAGAAAGAAAUGGAAGUUAGUCUCAGUACACUUGUAUUAGAUUAUGAUUUGAUUCAUAAUGUUGUAUUGUAUACAUUGAAAUGUACUCGAUCAAGAAAAGUAGGAUCAAAGUUGUUGAUUUCCAUCAUGAUAAAUUACAAUCAAAUUGAAGUGGAAAGACAAUGUAUUAUCAGUUUAUUUGACAUCUAUUGUAAUGGAUUAUAUGAACCAAGUGAAGCUGAUGAAAUGGGAUUUAUUAACAACUUGAAAGAAAGAUCUAUUAAUCAACCUGAAAAUGACAAGAGUGUAUUAUUUGAAUUUAUUGCUUAUUUGUCGAGAUUCAUUAAAAUUUUAAAUCGCUUGAUACGAAUUCCCGAUACUGUUGAAUUUAGUGAAGAUAAAGUUGUUUAUAAAAUUCAAGCUUUACUUUAUUUGGUUAAUGUUGGUGAACCUGAACCACUUCGAGAUUUUAUUACUGAUCUUUAUCGAAGAACUCUUAAAAAGCAGGAUUAUGUUCAAGCCGGGUUAUAUCUUGAAAUCUUGGCAUCGACAUUUCCAUGGGAUCAUCAUGAAUAUGCACCUGUUUCUACCAUUCCUGUGUUGCCAAUCCAAACUAAUUUUGAAAGAAGAGAAAGUUUGUUGGAAUUAAGUGCAGAACAUUAUAUCAAAGCACAAAAUUUGGUGAAAGCAAUAGAUGUUUACAACUAUAUGCUAACAGCUUAUAGAUCAGAAACGUAUGAUUUGUUAAAAUUGUCACAUUUGCAUGGUAAGUUAUCAUUGCGGUAUAUGGAAUUGGAAUAUCAAGAUAGUAUUCAACAUACUUAUUGUCGUGUGGUGUUUUAUGGUAAUGGAUUCCCGGAGAUUUUACGUGGUAAAGAAAGAAUCUAUGAAGGUCAACCAUUUGAACAUUUUACAUCUGUUCAACAAAAGAUUCUUGCCAAAUUUCCUGGAUCGGUAUUAUAUACUGAUGAUGGUAGUGAUACUAAAGGAUUAAUUGGGAAAUAUUUGGAUAUUUCCUUGGUUUAUCCAAAUAAGAAUGAUGUUUUUGGAUCUGAAAGAAGAAGUUUUACUAUUCUUAAAAAAGUUCCUGGAUCUAGUUCAAUUUUUGAUUUAUGGACUGAAGAAACUACUUAUGAAACUAAAUCACCAUUCCCUACAUUAAUGAGUUUUAGUGAUAUCACUUCAUAUAAAGUUAUAAAAUUAUCGCCAUUGGAUAAUUCUAUUAGAACAAUCAAGGCAAAGGUUAAAGAAUUGUUAAGAUUAGAAGGUGCUAUUCUUCGAUCUACUUCUGAAAGUAAUACCAAAUCUUUGUUUUUGGAUUUAUCAAGAGAAUUAGCCGGGACCGUUGAUUCCCCGAUAAACGGUGGGGUAGGUCAAUACAGGCUUUUCAUUGAAUAUAUUGGAGUCACAAAUAAUAAUAACCAAGCAUCUAAAAUUCAUUUAUUGAAACAUGAAUUUGAAGAAUUAUCCAUAGUUUUGAAAAGAUGUUUGGAUUUACAUGGUAAGAUUGUACCACUUAGUAUGAGACCUUCACAUGAUGCUUUAGUUGAAUUAUAUCAAAAGAAUUUUAACGAUACUAUAGAAGCUGCUUAUUCAUCAUCAAGAGAAGAAGAAACUACAGAUACUAUGUCUACAGUAUCAUCGACAAAUGCAAUAUCUGUUGGUCUUCGAAGAUCAAGAUCUAUGGGGACAUUACCCGAGCCAAAACUAGCGAAAAGUACAACAUCAACGAGUGGAUCAACAUCAACUUCUUAUACAUCGGGAAGAAGUUCAUUUUUAAGUCAUAGUCUAAGUUUGAAAAGAAAAUUCAAAUGGAAGAAAAGUGUUUAA